CGCUCAGCUCUGCUCUGCUCUGAGCUCCGCUCCGCUCGGCUAUCCUACAACUGGUGCCUCCGAUACAUUUCCUCCCGCUGCUUUUCCUACUCGUGCCGGUCAUUCGUUCGACUCCAACAUUUUAUUUGUUCCACCGACGGUUCAUUACGGAGUUUGGUGUGUGAGCGUGGGUCCGGUUGAAGUAGCGCUGUCGACAUUUGAUCGAUCUUCUUUCCUCAUGCUUGAUUUUAAAGCGCCUCUCGAGCUGACCGUGAUAUAUGUUGGGUAAAGGAGCAAAGCGGAAGCUGAACGAGGAUGACGAGGGCGUGGAAGGCAAAACGUUGGCGAUGGCCGAUGGCCUCUCCAAGGUCUCAUACACGCUGCAGAGGCAGACCAUAUUCAACAUCUCUCUGAUGAAGCUGUACAGUCAGCGGGCGCUGGUCGAACCCAGCCUGGAGAAACGUGUGCUCAUUAACAACAUGCUGCGCCGCAUUCAGGACGAGCUGAAGCAGGAGGGCAGCCUGCGACCUCUCUUUUUCCCGCCUUCGCCCCCUCCAGACCACCCCAUGGACGAGGGCUACCGUGAAGCUCAGCCCGCCUUUGGAGUGCUUUCCGUAGUGGCCACACCUCCCAUGCUAUCCCAGCAGCCCCCGAUUUCCCCUCCGUCCCCGGCCCUGGCCGGCCCCGCGCCUCUGGACGCUUGUCUCACCCCGGCUUCUCUGCUGGAGGAGGACAGCGAUGUGUUUUGCACUUCUCCUUCUUCACUUCAUCCUGCCCCAUCCAGUGUCCACCCCACCACGCCCACUAACAGCUUCUCCUCCGCCCUGGAAGAAAUCGAAGAACUCUGUCCAUUGUCCACGGCAGCUGGACCUACCACUACCUCCUACUCCUCACUCUCUGUGCCCCUUCCUGUUCCCAUCCAGCCCGCCAACCUGCCCACUGUUGCAUCGGUCUCUAAAAACUGCACCAAAUCCGGCGACGCGAAGCUGGAGGGGCCGAGUCUAUCGGCCACAGAGCGCCAGCCGUCAGGUACCACGUCUACUGAGCCCAAAGCGAUGGAGACACACCCUCCGAGUGGCUUAGACAUGAACACUUCGCCAUCCUCCUCCUCUUCCUCAGGCUUCCUCACCGAUCUAGCCCUGGACGAUAUCCUCUUUGCUGAUAUCGACACCUCCAUGUAUGACUAUGAUCCGUGUACGUCUGCAUCAGGGACCUCCUCCUCUAAACUCUCGCCUGUGGUGACGGCUGAUGACCUCAUCAAGACUUUAUCCCCCAACCAGCCUUUUAAAAUGGACCUGACUGAGCUGGACCACAUCAUGGAGGUGCUGGUAGGGUCGUGACCAUGUAGG